CUACAUAGUAUGCUGGGAUUGGCCGUGGCGCCACCCCACUCCGUGACAGCUUUCAGUCGAGCUCGGACCUUCGUCGGGUGCGGAGUGUGUGUCGUUCCGUCUCGUGUCAGUGUUCAGAUUAUUCACAGAAAAUCAAGGCCUCGUAGCAUGUCUUGACGAGUAGGAGGGGCUCUUCAACGGGGUUUUCGGCAGACAAGGGUUCUCCAAAAUGGCGGGCGGUCAGCAGCUUCCCGAACAGUACACGGUACCGCUGCUCGCUAGGGUCUUCCACAGCCUGCCGCACCUCAACGUCUCUCUUCACUCGGUCAACAACACCUUCAAUCCACAUUCCGAAAUCUACCUAGAGAGCCUCGGGAUACUUGGGAGUAUACCCGCAGCCUGGUUAAUCCUGACGUUGCUGGUGUUGCUGGUAUACUUGGUAACGAGAUGCUGCGACCGGAAGCCGCGCCCCAGGAGGUCGAUAACCCUGCUGAAGUGUUCGCUGGCCAUCCUGGCGUUGCUCUGCAGCGGUGCCGUUGCCGUCGGCCUCUAUGGCAACGACGACGUUCACAACGGUCUGGUGCAGUUGGUCGCCGCCGCGAAGAACGUCGACGGUAUCCUUAUGGGUGUACGGAAUCAGACGGACACCAUAGAGACGACGUUGAAGAAGAAAAUCCAACCAGGCCUGGUUGCCCUGGGGGACGAGUUCGACGGUCCAGCGGGCAACAUGACCGCGCUGAGUCUGCUGUUGGUCGCUCUAAAUAACAUGAAGGAGAACACAAGCAUCGCCGUGAACCGUAGCUUCGAGAUACGGAAACCGCUGAGCGGGAUCAGUCUCGCCGGUGCCAUCGAGAUGGGGGAGAAGAUCGAACAGUUCAGGUGGCCCAUAACCAUGACCGUCCUCAGCGCGCUUCUGGUUCUCUGCGUGGUGCUGGUCGUCGGUGUCGCGAGACAUUCCAGAUGCAUUCUCAUAACAUUUUCUGUGUUCGGCCUGUUCGCUGUGAUAGUAUCAUGGCUGAUGGCCUCGUUGUACCUGGCGACAUCGGUGGCCCUCGGUGAUCUGUGCGUGUCGCCGGACGGCUACCUAACCAGGGCAGUACCGUCGACGCUCGCCUCGGAGGUGCUCUCCUACUACACGCACUGCGAGAACACGCGCAGCAAUCCGUUCACGCAGAGACUGCAGGACGGCCAGAGCACGGUGAAGAACAUGACGCAGAACUUGCUGACAAUAUCGAGGCUGGCGUUGCAGCUGUUCAAAGACCAGAAGAUGCAACCGAAGCUCACUAGCUUGACAAACCACGUGAGCUCCGUCGACAGACUGAUAUCUGGCCUGGCCACGUUGCUCGAUUGCAAACCACUCCAUAAGCAGUAUGUUCACGCUGCUAAGAGCUUAUGCCAUUUGGGCUUGUAUGGAUUGACUUUCAUGUUAUUAGCGAGCCUAGCCGCCGGCCUUUUCUUCACUGUGUUAGUCUGGGUGGACUCUCACACCUGGAUCUACAUACGGAAGCGAAGAGAUUACCACCAAGUGGACGAGCAGGACCCGUACCUACCACCGUCGGCAGCCUCGCAGGCGAUAGCAGCGCGGACCCUUCGAGGCCAAGGGUCGUACCCGCCUACAGCCCCUUCUCUUUAUCCGAAUGCUCAUGGCACUCAAAAUACCAUUAAGCAGCCUCUCUUGCUAACGCCGCCCCCGCCGUCCUACGCUACUGCGACUGCUCGAGCACGUCAGCUGCACGAGAGCAUGUUAAAAGGUGGGGGUGUUAACGGGAGCGGAGGAGGCGGGGAUCACAAAUCGUCUCAGCAUAAUCAGCAGUCGACAGGUGGACGAGCUGAGCACCGUUCUGGACUCGGAGAUCAACCUGGCCAGUACGCGACUCUGAGCAAACAGUGCAAAACACUAGAAUCCAGUAGAGAACCACCUUGGACACCGAGCGUGGCGUCUUUCACCGGAACCCUGUCUCACAAUUCGCAUGGACCCGCGCAUCUGGCCACGUUCCAAGACUCCCGGAAGACGCAAACAUUGGAUCCGAAGAAUCUGGCGAACCUGAAGAGGGGCCCGACGCCAGCUUGGAAUCAGAAUCGUCCGUUGCCGCCAAACCCCAGCAACCAGCCGACCUGGGAGUUCGAGUCGCGCUCCCAGACCAACAUGAAUCAAUUUAGGUCGCUGGUGCGCAACAAAGCGCCGAACAUUCGCAUCCAGGAUCAAAUGCAAGACCAGGUGCGGACAUUGGACAGGAAUUUCACGAGGAACCAAUUUAACGGCGCCGCGCAGGGCAGCGCCGUGCCUAACAUGUACGGAACGUACAAUCGGGCGCAAUCCAGGCAGGAUAAUAAGACGACAGUGGCGACGUUGAGCCAAGUACAGGGCAGCGAUCCUAAUCUGUACGCCGUCACAGAACUGUAAUCACGAUACAUCUAAAUCGUGUAAACUGCCAUCUUGUAAUUAAGGUCCAUGAAGUUUCUGUUUCCAGCUCUUCGCGAGAUCGGUCGUAGGCUAUUAUUUUCUUGAUCGGACUGUAUAAUUUUAUUUUACCGACUCAUUAACUCGCACACGCCUUUAAGGUAACAUGAAAUUACCAAAGGGAGGCUAACUUUUCAGCCGCGCGAGAGACGUUUAUGCAACGAAUUUAAGAUUAGAAUCGUUUUAUUCGUUGCUUCUCGUGUAAUGGGAAAAACAUUUCGCUUUGAAUCGAAUAGAAAAUUAUAUCUGAAGGUCGAACGGCAACUGGGUCAGUUCGGCGUGAGUUUAAACGGAAUCCUUUUUAUUUCAGUGAUCGUUAAUUAUCGAUCGAUCAACCCAAUUUGUUUUCUUAGCUGAUACAGCAUUAUUCGCUGAGUGUUAAACGAUCUCAAGGAUCCGCGCCACGACGUCACCUUUUUCGAGGAACUUUAUUGAACGCCGCGUGUCAAAACCUUUUUAACGAUUUACGUGCGUAUCUUUGAAUAUGCAUUUUCGUUUUAUAACGUGUACCCGGGAAAGCUCAAUUAUCGUUUGGUAAACUUUUUGAUAUGGUGAAAUUUAUACAAUACGUUUAAACCGUAAGUUUUCGGGAAAUCGGGAGUUUUAUACGAUUCGGGGGGAAUCGAACAAAUUUAUACAUCCGCAGUUUUUUUAGAGAAAUCUUCGGGGAACGUGCGGGGAAAUACGUACGUCGGUACGACGUCUCAACUUUUAUAGAAAGUCCGCGAGUUGGGAAUAUCUCUCUCUCGACUAAUUUCCCAAAUCAAAAAACUGGGGGAUCAGUUGCUUUUUGGCAACGUUUUUCAAAUUUCAACGGAUACGCUAACGAAUGUAGCGACAAGAUCGAGGUCCGCGGUGAAUGUGAGAGCAACAAAUGGGGGCGAGAAAGAUAACUUGGAACGGAGGAGUUUCCGGUGGGGGAUUUUACGUUGUAAAAAUUCACGUGAAGAUGGAAACGCAGACGUGUCAGAAGUGAGCAGGAAUUCAUUAGUUAUGGAUAACUGACGUACAUUUAGAUUAAUAAUAUCGUAUGGGGAUUUUCUGCGCAAAACACCGAGAGGGGAAUAGAAAAACUCGAGCGUUCCCCCUCGGCAUCGUUCACGUGAAUCUUUAAUAUCGAGAGAAAGAAUAAGGGUGAUUGACUUUGAAGAGGAGGGUCUUGUAUAUCCGAGAUUUUGUACUUGUAUAUCGUGUACAGUGAUUAUAUCAUUUUAUGUUAGCCUAUAUUCUGUAAAUGAUCGUUGCUUCUCGACUAAGAGGCACACGAGCAAAAAAUGGAACACGCGAAACGCUGGAUAUAAUUAGAGAGGAGGAUUUCAUCGUCGUUGUAUUUAUUGCUUGUUAGUUUUUCAUUUUUGAAAACUACAAACACGAGGAUGCACAAGGUCUAGAGUCUAGCUUGCCUAUUGAGUGUAUAACUCGCCAUGUUUUCGAAACUAUUCCCAUGAAGGAUCUCCUGUCACACACACACACACACACACACACUAGGUAGAAUAAUUUCCGGUUCUUAGCGUUUUAUGUUGGUGCCAACGGAAUCAACGUUUCUGCGAAGUAUCGGCUUCUUAGCUCGUACAGGUUUCAAACGAUUGAACGUUAAAGUACCGACUUUAACGUCGCCUAAAUGGGCUACACAACGGCAGACCACCGUUUUCUCUAACCGUCGGUCGGGAGGUCACAAACUUAGCGAGGUAAACAUUGAAACCGUUUUUACCUUUUAUGAGCCAUUCUUAAUGAGCGCCGCGAUGGUUCGUCAACGGUCGAUUUAGAAUUGUUAAAUAAUUAACGUCUCAUGGCCUACUAUUUUCUCUUCUGUUAGUACUCUAAGCUUGUUAAUAUUUGUACUUUGUCAUACGAACUUCAUUCCUAUACACCGUUCACUUCGGUUCAGUUUUAUAUCGAACGAUAUUGUUAUACUGCUCUGUAGGAGGUUCAAUUUUUCAUCGAUAUUUACACGAACACGAGACCACGCGAAUAUGCAGAGAGAGAGAGAGAGAGUGAGAGUGAUACGUAAUAAUCAUAGACUAGAGAUGGGAAAAAUUACCUUCGAAUGAUUGAUGAUAUAUAUUUCUUUAAUAUCCGUUUAUUCGUUCAAAGUAUGUGAAAUAUUACUUUAGUUUCGAAUUAAUAUUUGUACGUUUGUUUCCGUCAUGGCAAACGAGUUUCUUCGUUGUACGAAUAUAAUGAUUUUGUACGGAACUCAACAAUUUUGCCCAUCUCUGUCGCGAACACGGUUUUUUAUAUCCUUUUUACACUCUUGUCGAGUAAAGAAUAUCGCGCGAACGUGAUUUCUCAUUGAUUUGUCUGUACGAAACGUUUGAGUACAUACACUUUACAUGUCUCUGCGAGGAAUAUACUUGAUAUAUAAAUAUAUUAUACAUAUAAGAAGUUACCGCACGAAAACACAGAACGAAUGAUAUAUAUAUAUAAAUAGAUGUAUAUUUAUCAGCGUUAAUAUUUAAAUUUAGAGGCGUCGAGCGUCCGAGGAUUUUUACAAAAAUGAAAAAGUACUCCGACAUAACGAUGGCAAAACAAUAAUUAUUAGCAACCGUUCGUGAACUGAAAGAUUUAAAAGAUCGUAAAUUAUAUAGGUAAUAAACGACUUCGCCGACAUUCUGGCAAGCAUACGUUUUAAGUACAAAACACGGUGAAAACGCAAGAGUCGUGUAUGUCACGUUCUUAUUGUUUCUGUUUUUAAUGUCGAUCUUGGCUAUCAGCAGCGAACCAGUUUAUAGAAUAUUUUCCUUUUCUUUUCUUUUCUUGGGAGAACAUAUUAGUAGGAUUUAUAUUCCCUUGAAGCGUACCGUCGAUGAGAAUACUGUUACUUUUUUCUGAAAAUAUUCGAACGUUUGUAUUAUUAUCGGUCAGAGAGACAGGAAAUUCUUGAAAUUCUAAUUUGCUGUUCAUUGCUGUGAAAAGUAACAUCAAAACAUCUGAGAUCCUUUCCGAAGGCGUUAACAUUAAAAUGGCUCAUACAGUUGUAUCAUUGUACAAUGGUAUUCUUAUCGGUAAGAAGGCAAAGAAGUUCUCUCAAAGCCCAGAGUGUUGUAUCCAAGAGAAAGUGGAAACAAAAGAAGAUUGAAUUAUUUGCGGAGCGCAAAGUCUUCCUUUACGACCUGUCGAAGGCCCAACAAUCAUUCAAUGAAGAUAUUUGCAACGAAAGCGGCGGACGACUUUAUAUUCCGCAUCCUAUUCAGUGAGCCUGUAAAUAAAAAUAAAGAGAGAGAGAGAGAGAGAGAAAGAGAGCAUGUAAGAAGUAUGUUGUCAGAGAAAGAGAGACAGAGAGAAAGAGACAAGCGAGUAAAUGCGCGAGAGGCAGGAUUAUUAAGUGUGAUAUAUCAAACUUUCAAUUUAGAUGUUACAAAUUUCAUUAAGAUACGAAUAUCGUUCUCUUCUACCGUUUCUUUUUCACCAUUUCUUAACUGAUGUUUGAUAAGACAGAAAGAACGGAGGAAAAAAUCGCAGGCAAGAAGACAGUCAUGCUCUUCAUUGGUCAAACGAAUCACAAUUACCGCGAAUGGGAAUAACAAACGCGUUUAACCUGUUAACCGGGUGAUUUUUAGUACUUCAAUAAUUACGUAGAUCCAAGAUGAAUUAGAGUAAUUAAUCUGCAAGUAAUUAAGCGCGAUGUAAUUAACACGUUGACUGCCACGAGAAUUCCAUAUGUAUUAAAAAUAAUUAUUCUAUAAAAGAUAUAAUAAAUAUAUCUAGCUGUUACUAUUUUUAUUCGACAUCGGUUUUCUUAUUGUAAUUGCAUUUAACACGUUCGCAGACAAAUUGCAAUGAGCUGCGAAAAUAGAAAAAUGCAAAUUCAUUUCUCCAAGAGUUGCGUGACAAUUUCAAAAAAUCAAUGUUAUGGCAUCCAAGUCAUUUGUUAAGAAAUUUUGAAGCUCGGUCACCGGUGACCAUGGCAGUCAACGUGUCAAUGGUGUCGCAGAUACUAAGUACAAUUCAAUUGAAAAAUAUUCGGCUAUACAAAUGAAUCAAGGGGGGAAAAAUUAAUAGAGAUACAGAUAAGCUAAUCUGAAUGAUCCCCGGUUAACGGGUGAAAAAUUGUUCACAUGUGUGAAAUAUACAUGGGAGACUGUUCGCGAAAGGGAACGGGAACUUUCGAUUCUAGGUGUGAUUAUAGGCGUGAACGUUUGAUCCGAACUUGUACAUAGUUGUAAUAUUUAUUAUAAAAGGAAGAAAAAUUAAUAAGUGCGGUCAUAGCGCAUAAUAGAAUAGCGGAAACACUUAGUUCUAGCCGUUAAUCGAAUUAAUUGUAAUUCGUAAGACUCGAUUUUGGAAUCGCCAUUGGGACAGAAACGAGUGGGAAGGGGGCGGGGACGAAGGAUUCGAACGUUGUUACCUUUCAGCUGAUCGAAAGAGGAGAAACAUCCUAGUCAGUAACUA